UGCCACAUCACAGAGCUCAGAGUUAUCUGAUGCUGCACAUCACAGACAGCAACGGCUGUUGUCUGUCUUCAAUUGUCUCUGUAACAGCAGAAACUACUGACUAGAGGUGGUCCGAAUUCAAAAUGCUAAAAAGGAAGCCAUCCAAUGCUUCAGAGAAGGAGAAACACCAAAAACCGAAGCGCAGCAGCAGUUUUGGGAAUUUUGAUCGUUUUCGGAAUAAUUCCAUAUCAAAAUCUGAUGACUCAACUGAGGUCCAUGAAGGGGAACUAACAAAUGGAAGUGAAGAACAAAAUAAAACUUCAAAUACUGGAGGAAAUUUAAGUAAAAAAAUGAGGGCUAUUUCAUGGACAAUGAAGAAAAAAGUAGGGAAAAAAUACAUCAAAGCCCUUUCUGAGGAAAAGGAGGAGGAAAAUGGAGAGGAAGCCCUCUCAUAUCGUAACAGUGAUCCCAUGAUUGGAACACAUACAGAGAAGAUCUCCCUCAAAGCCAGCGACUCUAUGGAUAGCCUCUACAGUGGGCAGAGCUCAUCAAGUGGAAUAACAAGCUGUUCAGAUGGGACUAGCAACAGGGACAGUUUUCGACUGGAUGAUGACAGCCCCUAUUCAGGGCCAUUCUGUGGCCGUGCCAGAGUACACACUGACUUCACACCCAGUCCCUAUGACACCGACUCCCUCAAGAUCAAGAAAGGAGACAUCAUAGACAUUAUCUGUAAAACCCCGAUGGGAAUGUGGACAGGGAUGCUGAACAACAAGGUGGGAAACUUCAAAUUUAUUUAUGUGGAUGUCAUCUCAGAAGAGGAAGCAGCUCCUAGGAAAAUAAAGGCACAGAGAAGCAGUAAAAGAGACAGAGCCAAGACUCUGCAGGAGUUCCUAGAGCAGAUUCGCCUGCAGGAAUAUACUUCAACACUUCUGCUCAAUGGUUACGAGACCCUGGAAGACUUGAAGGAUAUUAAAGAAAGUCAUCUCGUUGAAUUAAACAUUGCCAAUGCAGAAGACAGGAUGAGGCUACUCUCGGCUGCUGAGAGUCUCCUGGAUGAAGAAACCACCGAAGAGCAAGAAAAUGAAUCUGUGCCUUUGUCAUUAAGACCAGACAACUUAAGUAAGUCACAGUUAGAUGACUGCCCAAGGGACUCUGGCUGUUACAUCUCAUCAGGAAACUCAGAUAAUGGCAAAGAGGACCUGGAGUCAGACAAUCUGCCUGACAUGGUACAGAAGAUUGCCAUCACAGAACCCAGUGUCUGAACACACACUCAUAUCUCCAGGUCUGCAGCAGAAUUCCAUUCGAACUCUUCAUCUGCUACGAGAUCAAAAGGAAGUGUUCCAAAUGCAUCCCAGAGUACAGCAUGUUCUAAUAUGAAUGAUUGCACAUACAAAUUUAUAUCUCUGAAUUCCCAAUGAGUGUGCAUAAAAUGUAUAUUUGUUAAGUACCAUGUGUUAAAGUUCAUCUGUCAAAAAAAAGAGUUCCUCUGUCUAUACUAGAAAAAAGAUACAAUGCAAGAUACCAUGUCUAUGAAUGGUAUAUGAUGUGCUUGCCUUUAUUUCAUAAGUGUACAAAUAUAGUCACAAAUCUGUGUAUUUAUAUAUAUAUAUUAAUGAAUACAUUAUUGAAUACAUUUCAGCUGAACUGAUUUCCACAGGCAGCAUAACACUCAUUUUUUAAAUUGCUGUAAGAUAUAGGCUGAGAUUAGAUACUUUGUUCUCAUCAAAGGUGGAGUUUUUUGUUUAUUUCUUCACUCUGUUACUUGAUAUGCAGAUAGUUAACCAUAUACUUCCUGUUUUGAUUUAAUAAAAAAUAAUUGUAGAAUGUUUUAUUUUGUAUGUAAGUAUUUUUAAUUUUCCUCAACCCUAAUAAUAAUAAAACCAUGUAUAUGCUGUAUUUUCUGGACUAAAGUUACUUAAGGUAUUUUAAUAUUAUAUUUUAGAGAAUAUUUUCAUUAGGCCAUGUACUUAGAUAAGAAAGCAUACCAAUUCGAAAAUCAUCUCAUAAACCAAGAUCUAUUUUACUGAACUCCUGAAUGCUCCAUAUCUCAGCUUGACAUGCCCAAACAGUUCAUUCUUACUAUCAAAUUGUUUCUCCUAUUUUCUUUCUACCUCACCAUUUUCCCCCCAAAACCAAGAGCUGGUCACUGAAAUGGAAAGUUUUCUUUGGUCUGCUUUUAUCUUCCUCAAAUUCACAAACGAGGAUCCUACGUCUCCAAAGUCUUCUAAUACUCAUAACAUCCCAUCCAUGCCCCCAAGGUGUGCUGCUAUCACAGUUCAGACUCUUGUGUGGAAUGUGGUAAUGUCUUUCCAAUAGAUAUCCCAUCUUCAAAUCCAUCUUACAUCGCCUCUAAGAAAAAGCUUCAUGAGCCAAAUAAAAUCAUUUUCCUUGCUUAAA